AUGUCGCGCGCGACGCGCUCCGACAUGAUCUGUGCGUCCCGGCGGGACCGGGACACUCUUCGACACUUCUUGCGGAUGGCCACCGAUACAGCCCGCGCUGUGGCCGGGCCCGAACGUGUGACCCGUUACCGCCCGCACAUCGAAGCGAUCACAUCGUCGCUUUACCAUCUGUCCUAUUUGGCUUUUGGGUCCACCCCUGGGGAGGAGUAUGCUGAUCUUCGGGUCUCGCUCCCUCCGAAGCCACAUCCGUUGACAUCACAGGGCGGUGCCUUUGUGCCGCUGGAUCCUCCGGGGCUGUUUCGUACACUCCUUUUCAUCGUUUCAUCCGUCGUCUUGCCGCAUGCCCUGGCUACCGAGGGCUUCGCUAAGCCCCUGCGUCAGGCGGUCAUCCGCUGCAUUGUCAUCUGCCUUCGUCUGCGAGCAGCUUGGACACACCAGCCAGCGGGCGAGCCAAUGGCAAAUAUGCGGCCAGCUGUGCCGAGCCGCGACGCCGGCUACGACGCCAGCAUUGACGAGGCCAGCCUGCCGUUGCUUUCUGCCACAUCGUCCAUGGACCUGGGCCAUUUGAUGCUCGCACCGUCGGGGGCCGCCGAAACCACCCGAGCCAUGGCCCUGACCAGCCAUGCCCGGAUCUUGGCGCCGCAACUGGGCCAGAUCCUCGGCCAGUUUCACACGGCUCUCUUUUUCCUCGGCCCAGCGGAAUCGGACCUCUCCUCAUGGCACUACCUCUCCCUCUCACGUCGGAUCUUUUCCCUCGGCUAUCUGUAUACCCGAGGCGCGCCGGACGUCUUUUUCCCCAUACAUUCGCGGGCCUCCGGCGCUCGACAUUCCUUCCGCACGGUAGGGGUCCUGAAGCUGGUGGAGGCAAUUGUGUCGGCCCUGGAUUUCGUGUUGUCGGCCAGCACCCGCGAUGCCGCGCGUGCCUUGAUGGCCAGCGCUCCGGAGCAGGCUGUGCGGGAUGUUGCUGGUGGUGCCGUGCCCCCGGCAGAGGGUUCAAUAUCAGCGAGUGCCCUAGGGGGCGGCGGUGUUGGUCCGCGACUCGACGUGGAUUUCGGUUCGCCCUGUUCCCUGUGUCUUUCGCAACAGAUGUCGUGGCCGGCAGCCUCCACUUGUGGGCAUGUCUUUUGUUGGGAGUGCAUCUAUUCCUGGCUGGUGGAGAAUUCGACUUGCCCGCUCUGCCGCCAAGAGGGCACGGUCAACCAGUUGAUGUGUGUUCUGGCAAUCGAGCGCGAGGACAUUCCUAUCACAUGA